UUGCUCUCAGACUCAGAGCUUACAGUUGCACUACAUUUUUUUAUUGUUCCGUUCCUCUACCCAAAUACCUGUCUUUCCAACGAAGAACAACAGCCUCGAUCAUCGCUGAAAUAGUGGCAUAAAGAAGUUACGAACUCUUACUUGCAUACUAUGAGUGAUCGCAUUGCUGAAAAUUCUCUGACCGAAUACGAUAUUCAUUCUUACAUUAUCAGUGUAGGUUUCUGGAGAUAGUUCUAAUCCACCUCAAGUCUCAAGUCAGUUGGAAAUGUCUGAUGAUAAUGGAUCUGAUUACGACGUUCCGGAGCUUCCGCCCAUGUUGCCUGAGUUGGAUGACUUGCCACCGUUGACAAGCCUCAAUCCGUCGACGUUCAGUGCCAGCCAAGCAAUCGGUGAUGGAAGUGCUAAUGCUGCAGGAAAUGCUGACGGCAUGGGAGACGGUGCUGAUGGUGCCGCUGCCCCUGAUGGCGCGACUCCUGCCAAGCCCAAGAAGAUCCGAAAACCUGUGCCCAAGCUCGAUGCAACCAGGUUAUGCAGUAAAGAGCGCGGCUUGCCACAUCUAGUACAGGACUUCAAAACUAUUCGCUUCAAGGGUAGAGGGCAUGAGGCGAGUGACAUUAGACUGUUGAUGCGUCGCUAUGAACACUGGGCGCAUCGUCUCUUCCCAAAGUACCCCCUAAGGACUUCAACUGAAAUCAUUGAGCUGUCCCUGGCGUCGAAGAGAGAAGUCAAGGUAUGUAUGGCACAGCUGCGUAGAGGUGACGAUGGUGACGAUGCACUUGAUGUAGAUGUUCUGGAGCCAGAGCCGGUGCGGCCCGUGCUGCCUCUUCUCUAGUGAGUAUUGGCUCGUUGGCUUACACUCUCCCAUCAGCCAUACCAUGUGCUACCGUCUCCCGUGGAAAGGCCUGCGCAUGCCGAGACUAGCCUCUGCUGACUUGAUGUCUUACUGUGCCUUUGCAGUAGCAACAUACAGGGUUGAUGUUGCUCCGCUCUGGCUUGGCAUCUGUAUUGCGUUAUGCCCCAGGCUCCAAUUUGCUUUGUUUCUGACACAGUCACGAUGUCAGUCAUAGCGCGCAUGUACUUGUUUCAUCUCGUAUAUACUUGUUGUACAUUGUACUUGUAACUGGCCUAUUUGACGUUGAUUGCGGGCAAUCAACUAAACUAGCUUGCUUCAUAAUUAUUAGAUUUCUUUUUAACGAAGCACGUUCCCAUCUUAUCUCUUUCCGUUUGACAUCUCAUUGCUUGUUUUAUUAAAUACGAUGGUAGCGGUAUGAGAUCCACCGGCUUCAUGCCUCGUCACCUUUAGGCUUUGUUUGCUUGUGACCUGUGAAUUGACUUGUGUCUGAAGCUGCUGCUCAUACUUUCCGAGUUUUCUCCUAAACAAACAAAAAUCAUACAACGCAGCUUGAAUAUAAUGGUGAUAUGUACCAUUGCCUUUUCAAUCAAUUCCAUUAAUGAAGACGUUAUUGUGUAGAAAAUCAGCUCUUUCACAGGGA